UCUCUCUCACUCUCUCAACACCGUUGCGAUGGGCGCCAACGCCAGCAGAGAUGUGGAUCUCUCCGAUUCCGAAUCCGAAUCCGAAUCUGAGCAAACCACAGACCACGAAUCCGAUUCUGAAGAAGCCUAUGACACUCCGGCGUCGCAGCCCUCCGAUCGGAAGCGCGACGACUCUAAAACGCCGUCGUCGAUCGACGAAAUCGAAUCGCGCCUCAAAGAGCUCAAAAUCAAAUACAACAGCAACAACAACAGCUCCACCGCUCCGAAUGUGAAGAACGCGGUGAAGCUCUACCUUCACGUCGGCGGCCACACCGCGGAAUCGAAAUGGCUGGUAUCCGAGAAGGUAAUCUCCUACUCCUUUGUGCGCGGGGCUCUGAACGGCGACGCGGAAGACGACGUAUACGAAGAUGAAGGAGGAUCCGACCCGAAUUCGUGCUGGCUAUUGAGAAUCGGGUCGAAGGUGAGAGCUAGGGUUGAUGAGAAUCUGCAAUUGAAGGCGUUUAAGGAGCAGAGGCGCAUGGAUUUCGUUGCGAAUGGUGUUUGGGCGAUUAGGUUUUUCAGCGCGGAGGAGUGGGAUCGUUUCACUAAGAGGUAUCAGGAUUGUUUGUUUGAGAAUGCCUAUGGAUAUGAAGCUAAUGAUGCUAAUAAGCUGAAGGUAUACGGGAAGGAUUUCAUUGGAUGGGCGAACCCUGAGGUGGCCGAUGAUUCGGUGUGGGAGGACGCGGAUAUGAAGACUCCUCCGAUGAAAACUCCGAGGAGAAGAGGCAAUGAUUUGACUGAGGAGUUUGAGGAGGCUGCUGUGAAUGGGGGUGCUAUUCAGAGCUUGGCUUUGGGGGCUUUAGGCAACAGUUUCUUAGUCAGUGAUUCCGGGAUUCAGGUUGUUAGGAAUUUCAGCCAUGGGAUUCAAGGGAAGGGGAUGUAUGUGAACUUCGAAGGAGGUAAAUUGAGCCAGAGGAAAGGAGCUAAUGUGACUCCGAGGAAGGCUCUGCUCAUGAGAGCUGAGACGAAUAUGCUUCUCAUGAGCCCUAUGAAUGAAGCUAAGCCGCACUCGAAGGGCCUGCAUCAGCUCGAUAUUGAAACAGGGAGAAUUGUGAGCGAGUGGAAGUUUGAAAAGGAUGGAGCUGACAUUUCGAUGAGAGAUAUUACUAAUGAUAACAAGGGAGCUCAGAUGGAUCCUUCGGGGUCGACUUUCUUGGGACUGGAUGACAACAGGCUGUGUCGUUGGGAUAUGCGUGAUAGGAGGGGGAUGGUCCAGGAUAUCGUGAAUGAGUGCACGCCUGUGUUGAAUUGGACUCAGGGGCAUCAGUUUUCGAGGGGGACUAAUUUUCAAUGCUUUGCAACGACUGGUGAUGGAUCUAUUGUGGUUGGAUCGCUUGAUGGGAAGAUUAGGCUGUAUUCCGUCAGUUCUAUGAGGCAGGCCAAGACUGCAUUUCCUGGCCUCGGCUCGCCCAUCACUCAUGUUGAUGUUACCUUUGAUGGGAAGUGGAUUUUGGGAACCACUGAUACUUACUUGGUUCUCAUAUGCAGUCUGUUCACGGAUAAAGAUGGUAAGACGAAGACAGGUUUUGCUGGACGAAUGGGGAAUAAGAUUUCAGCUCCGAGGUUGUUGAAGCUGAAUCCUUUGGAUUCGCACAUGGCUGGAGCAAGCAAAUUCCGCAAUGCUCAGUUCUCUUGGGUCACGGAGGAAGGGAAGCAGGAGCGCCACUUGGUUGCCACCGUGGGCAAGUUUAGCGUCAUAUGGAAUUUCCAACAGGUGAAGGAUGGAUCUCAUCACUGCUAUCAAAACCAAAUCGGCCUGAAAAGCUGCUACUGCUACAAGAUCGUCCUGAAAGAUGACUCGAUUGUCGACAGUCGCUUCAUGCACGACAAAUACGCAGUCAGCGACUCGCCUGAGGCACCGCUUGUGGUGGCAACGCCCAUGAGAGUCAGCUCCUUCAGCAUCUCCAGCCGACGUCUGGAGCUCUGAAGUUCAAAUCUGUAACAGAUCAAGCUCAUCUGUUCUUUGUAGGGAAUCUUCAUGUAUGAGGUCAAUUUAGAAAAAUAUUGACCUUUUAUCUGAUUGCUGUAAUUGGUUGCUUUUCUUCUAGCAAUCUUACUCUCUUGUUCAAUGAAAAUGCCUUGUGUUAGCUAAAA